GGGAGAACUCAUCCCUUGAUCGCAAAAUAUAUCCAUUCUUUCAUUGCGUUUUUGAGUUUGAAGUCCUGUACAGUAUCUGAAGUGGAUUAUCAGUGAUGUCCGACAAGAAGCCUGGGAACCUGGACACACGUCCUAAGAAUCUGCGGAGCUGGAGCGUGGACAGCUACAUCCGCAGUGUUAAGAAGCGCUCACGUGGCUUCCGCCAUGACACGGCUCCACGGGGAGAGGAGGGAGAAGCGUCGGAGGACCAGGGCAUCCGCUCUGCCUCCUGUCCCCGGAGACGGAGGGAGCGGAAAUGCAGCUGUCCUGCCAUGGGAGAUGGAGAGCCGGAAUUGGCAUGCAGAAAAGUACUCGCCCGCCGAUCACUGAGACAGAAGUUUCAGGAUGCAGUGGGGCAGUGCCUUCCCCUCCGCAACCACCACAACCACCACCACCACUGUCAUCAUCAUCAUCAUCAAACAGGUUCCUCGCAUCCUUUCUCCGUGCUCCUGUGGUCCAAACGAAAAAUUCAUGUGUCUGAGCUUAUGGAGGACAAGUGCCCCUUCUCACCAAAGUCUGACCUGGCCGAGUGCUGGCAGCUCAUCAAGAAGCAUGACGCACAUCAUAACAAUGACUCAUUGGCCAUAGAGGCCGAUCACAAGGGGCCACUGCCGUCCCCAUCCCCGCCGACAUUCAUCUCAUGGGAGGAGGUCAGUUCUGCUGGGGCUUCUAGCUUGGAUGACUGGGAUCCCUCUUUUGCCCAUGGGGCAGCCCGGUGCUGUGCCCACACUGAUUACAUCCUGGUGCCUGACCUGCUUCAGAUCAACAAUAGCCCAUGCUACUGGGGUGUCCUUGACCGCUUUGAAGCCGAGCAGCUCCUGGAGGGCCAGCCGGAAGGGACCUUCCUACUGAGAGACUCUGCCCAGGAUGAGUACCUGUUCUCGGUCAGCUUUAGGCGCUAUAGCCGCUCUCUGCAUGCCCGGAUAGAGCAGAGCGGGAAGCGCUUCAGCUUCGAUCGCCGCGACCCCUGCAUGUACCGAGACACCAGCGUCACAGGCCUCCUGAAGCACUACAGCGAUCCGGCUGCAUGCCUAUUCUUUGAGCCUCUCCUCUCCCGCCCACUGCCAAGGAACUUCCCCUUUUCUCUACAACACCUGUGCAGAGCUCUCAUCUGUAGCUGCACUACAUACCAGGGCAUUGAUACUUUGCCAUUGCCCGACGCCCUCAGGGACUACCUCAGGCAGUAUCACUUCAGAUGUGAUGGGGCUUGUGCUUGGUGA